CCAUAGAGUCUGAGCAAUCGAGUAAAGGAUUUGCAGUUACUCUUACUGUUCAUUUCCUAGUCUCUAUUUUUCUUGUGAUCUCUUCUUAUUUUUUCCCCUUUCUCUUGAUUAUUUUGUGAUUUCAGUUAUUCUUCCUUUCCAAAUUAAUCAAAUGAAUAGGAUUUGAGUUAUUCUUGAUCAGAUUAAUCAGCAAUAAACCUACCUCUUUGAUCCAAGCUCUUCUUAAAUAUCUUAAAGGGUAGCUUAUAAUGACAACAAAGGUUGAAAGAUUACUAUUGAUGUACUCCUACCCUAUCACACGACAUGGUAAUUUUAAUUUAACCAGUUUAUUCAUAUUAAUUAAUACAUGUUAAUUUGUGUUCAUCUGAAUAAACACCAACCAGCAAUCGAACAUCUCCAUCAUCUAUUCAAUGACGUUCAUUUUAAGUUUAAAUAUCUAAAGGACUAUCUCCUUAAGAUCCAACAGUAUUACCACUUGUAUUAUGUUGAUAAAUUGAUUGACUCUAGAAUCUUGAGACAAUUGGUCAUCAAAAAGUAGACAUGUCACAGACCAAAUCGAAAAUCGAAACUGUCUCGGAUAUCAUCGGGGGUUGGGGUCCAUGGCACACGAAUAUUUUCCUUUUCUACUUCUCCUGUUUAAUUUUCUCGGUUUUUGACAAAUUAACGAUGCCUUUCUUUGCACCUCCAAUUGACUAUUGGUGUAGUAAACCGCUAAUGUAUAAGAAUUCCUCCAAUAUAUGCUCAGCCAAUUGUGAAGUCUGGACCUAUGACAAAUCAUUCUGGAUCUCUACGGUAAUCGAUAAGUGGGAUCUUGUCUGUGGUCGUUCUUGGUUAGCAUCAUUUGCUCAAUCAUGCUUCAUGGCUGGCGUGAUCCUUGGUGCCGUCAUAUUUGCUCGAUUAUCUGAUGAUUAUGGUCGCCUGACUGUUCUUCGUAUUGCUAUGCCUCUUGAAAUUGUUUCAGCUCUCGGUUUAGCCUUAUCACCCUCUAUUUACGUGUUCAUCUUCUUUAAAUUUAUCCAAGGAAUUGGCAGCAAUGGGCGUGCUCUUACCGGCUACCUUCUUCUUCUAGAGUGCGUAGGAACCAAUGAACGUGGUUUCAUAUCGGUUGCUGUUGAUAACGGUUUCGCUUUAGGUUACAUCUUAUUACCAGGUGUUUAUUAUUUUUUACGAGAUUUUCAGACUUUCUCGUAUUUCCAUGCAUUUCUCGAGGUGUUUUGGGUUAUUUGGUUGUUUAAAAUACCUGAAUCAAUCAGAUGGCAGCUAACUCAUGACCAGAUUGAUGAAGCUGAAGUUGAAAUGAUUAAAGCAAGCAAAAUGAACAAGACUAGUAUUACAAAUGUAAAGGAAAAAUUUGCAUUAUUGAAAAAGCAUAUCGAUCUGCAAGCACAAACAGCAUCGGAAGAAAAAAAGGCUGGCUUCUUGGAUCUUUGGCGGUCUAAAGCAUUGAAAAAAUUUAGCCUUGUUUUAUACUUUUCAUAUUUUGUAAAUGCUUUUGUAUACUAUGGUUUAUCCCUUAAUAUUGGUGAUCUCAAUGGCAAUCUUUUCAUCAGCUUUUUCCUUGCCGGAUUAGUUGAAUUUCCCAGUUAUAUUAUCACCUCAUUUGCCUUAAAACAUAUCGGAAGGAAAACACUUUUAAUCUACUUCAUGAAUGGUGCAGGUCUAUCCUGCCUUUCAACGGUAUUCUUUCUCUCACCAGCUGAUACCAAUAUUCGAGUCUUUUUGGCAAUGAUAGGCAAAUUUUGUGUUACAUCCUCCUUCACUCUCUGCUACGUCUAUGCAUCUGAAAUAUAUCCCACCGUUUUACGCCAAAGUGGACUUGCUUCAUGUUCAAUAGCCGCACGAUUUGGUUGUAUUAUUGCUCCAUUUGUUAAAGAAUUAACCGCUUUUACAUCCAUUGGUGUAUCAUUAUCAAUUUUUGGCAGCCUCUCCAUCAUUAAUGGAGCUUUAAUUGUAUUAUUACCUGAAACUCGUGGUCUUGAAAUGCCUAGUGAUAUUGCUGAAGCUGAAACAAUUCUUACUCGCGCUAAUGCAAGACGUCAAUCAGGUGAUAUUCAUGUUGCCUGAUGAUCUCAGCUCAUAUUUGUUUUUGUAUAAUAUAGCUUGAUUUGUACCAUUUUGUUAUGGAAUGAUACUUUUGGACAAAAUGAAGAAAAGCCAGUUUUAUUGAAUAUGCUCAACGACACAUAUUUCACCGACUUUUCUAGCCACUCUAACAUUAUCUCAAUAAUUUAAUGUAAUAUACUAACACUUUUGAUUCCCAAUCUUUAUCAAAUUGGGAUACCAAAACGACUCAUUGUUGCAAUCAACAAUCAAAAAACAGGAAAUAUCAAAGUAUUUAAGAAACUUAUUUAUUGAUAAUAAAGCUCUAGUCAAUUAGACAGCUGUGAAUCUUGAAA